UGACAAUGGGAGUCCGACAUGGAGUGCAGCCGACAAGAUGAGGCUCUAGAUUGGUGAAGUGCUGGCUUGAUGGCUGGGCGCAGAGCGAGAAGAUGAUUCGUACCGCGUGAAACAAUCGUGAGUAGCUAGCAAUCCAGGCAAUGCCUCGCGACCCCUGGCCUGAGUCGGGGACGGCCACGCGCAAGAAAGCGCCUGUCAGGCCGGGGCAAAGUACCGCAAUGAAGGUGGGCCGGGAAAGCAGUGAAAGGUUUAUUAGAGGCAGUGGCCGCCACUCUGAAAACGGCACGCUAAAAUCUCUCAAGGCUUUCCUCAUUCCCGGGUCGCACCUCGAACUUCUUCAUCGCAAGCUUCAAAGGCCCGCCACUGCCAAUUCCCGCCGCAGUCCCGUCCACAACUAUACACGCUUCCAGGGCCAUCUCGCUUCGCUCCUUGGAUGGCAAAGGCACUCGCUGACACCCUUUCCUUUGCGCAUCAACUCCGCGACGACGACCCAUGACCUUCUCACCGCGUUGCACGACUUCUCUAUUCCUUCGCUAGGCGUAGAAUUGCUCAGGCAGCGCGCAGCCUGUUGCAUUCGGCGUAUUCCUGCCGCUCUUUGGCGUUUCCACCCGUGACUGACGAUGAGCACAUCGCAAAGCUCCGAGGAGCGACCACGACAAAUCGGCACUAUGACUGCUCUCCAGUCAGGCCCUGGGAACAGCGGCAACGUACGUGUAGA